CUUAUUUAAGAAUCCAAUAUCUUCGGUGUAUUGUCAAAAUUAUUGUCAAAAUUAUUCCCAAAUUUCAGUAAAGAAAUCGCGAGUCGUUUCUUUCUAAAAAGUACCUUCUGAAACAAGUACAUGGCAGAAAGAGAUUAUCAAAGUAUUAUUGAAUUUUCUUGCGUUUUUUGGAUCGUUCGUGGGCUAUUAAAAUGACAGCCUUAAAGAGGAGAGAAUCUGCGAUUAAUCUUGUUAUUAUGACGAUCAGCUCGUUGACCGACUAGUGGGGAUGUAUGUAAAUCACCUACUCCCAAAAAUAGAUCGGAAGUUCGGCGUGAUUGGUUAGUUUUGAAUAAGUGCUCUUUUAUUGGUGAAAAUGACGUCAAAUGCAUUCUUAGUAGUUCUUACAACGAAUUUUUUGUCUCGAAUAUCACUCGUUGCUACCCGGUUGAUCACAAGAUAUGAGAUACGGAUCGGACCGUAAAGAUUUAUAUGAAGUCUCCGGGCGCUGAUCACGAUUUUCACACUUGAAAAUGGGAGAUAUGAAAGCUAAAGAAAACACUCACAAACCACUCGAGGAAGUUGUCCUGUCAACUUCUUGUCAGCUGAACAGAAAGCGAUUUUCAGGGGCCCAGAGUUUUGAUGUGCCAUCGAGAAAUUAUGUGACUAAGAAACCUAACCUUUACUUGACAGAGAAAAGAAGUCCCAGUUUCCGUUCAAUGCACGGCGACUCAAACGGAUUGUCAAAGAGUAUGGUCGAUUUGCCGUCACGAAAUCUGAACGGUUUUCGAAAGAGCGUCAUGUUCGAAGAGGAUAUUUUUGCUCACAAGGAGAUGUUGCAACGGGCUCGGAAUCGCUUUAAGGAACUAGAACUGAAGUAUCCUGAAAUUUUCAAGAACUCUUCCAGAACGUCUUCGUUUUCUUCAUCUGGUUCAAAUCAGCCUAAUGGAAGCAUCGAUCGCUCUCAAUCGCUCGACCCGAAAUCAGUUGAGCAUCAAGAAAUACAAACAACGAAAUCAGAUAUAUUACAAGUGCUUCGAAGUGGAACAAACGAUCAGAGUUCCACUGUUGUUGCCACCACAUCAAGACGGAGGCCUCCUCCUCUUUCGGUAGCUAUGAAACUGCAUAACCUCGAGGAUAGUUGCGAUAGUGCGUUUGAUGAUAUCGACCGCGAGUCGGUACAUUCAAAAACGUCCCAUGAACCGACGCCGACCUCAAUUAGCAAAAAUCACUUUCUUUACCCAGGAGAGAGCAUGGAGUCAGACAAGGACAGUGGAAUAUCUACAGAUCGUCCAUGUACUCCAAAUUCAAGGUCUUCCAGGCCUACAAGAUGGGAAGAUCCACAACAAAGCGGCCAACAAUCUUAUCCGUCUACUCGAUCGAAGUCACUGAGUUUGACAGCCUUGCCGUUGACAAAUUCUCUGGAGUAUGCUAGCUUCGACUCUGAGAGUCAGAGGAGUCGAAGUGUGGAUCGACGAGGAAUUCUUAAAUCUGUGGCCUACAGAAAUCAGGAAAUUAAGACGGAAAGCUUUGAUAUCGCACCAAGUUCAAGCAAUUCUUCUCUAAACUGUCAACGGAGUCGAAGCGGAUCUUUGACUGAAGGUGUGAGAAGAGGUUCAAGCAUUUAUCGCAGGAACAUCUUUUUGCAAAGUCGCAGUUUUAGUGGGAGCCAAGAUGAGACAGAUUCUGAUGCAGAGACAGUGUGUAGUGUUCAAAGUGAGUAUAUUUUGCGGCCCCACAUGUCAGCGCGUGACAGAUAUUUCAGCACAUAUCAGCUCAAUACCAUUUCUGAAGGAGAACCUAGAGACUUGAUCAGAACCCAGAAAUGGAGAAGCAUGCCUGAGCUAGGUAGAAGUCACAGUCUUGGAAAUGUGUCUUUCUAUGGAGACUCUUUAGCUGCCGGUUUUGAUGAAGAUAGGAAGAAAAAGAAGAAACGAAAGUUUGGUCGCCGAUCUGGUCUAUAUGUUGUAAAUGACAUGCCAGUGAGUGAAAAACCCAGGUUGUCCAUUGACAAAGGCAAGAGUAAAACAAAAAGUUCAUCAAUAUUCCUUAAGAAUAAGUCAAAGAAAGAAUCUUCACACAUUAAUGAGCUGACAAAGAAAUGGUUUGACUCUACAACUGCUGUGAGUCGGCCAACAGGAGGCCAGAGUUUGGGUAGAAUAGUAGCCAUGCGGGAAGAUCUUGGAAGUGCUUAUGUCUUGGAAUUACAUAGGAGUUCUGGAGGAUUAUUUGGGUUUUUUAUUCAAAAGGGUUAUCAGCAGUACAAGAAAGGGGUGUUUGUUAGUCGAAUAAUGGACUGUGCCUCUUCAAAGUUUAUGGCUGGUCUGUUAAAUCCUGGAGAUGAGAUCCUUGAUAUAAAUGGAGAAAGUACUGCAAGCAAGACAAUGUCAGAAGUACACAAUAUUCUUGCAAAUUCAGACAAACUUGUUUUGACUGUGUUACCAUUUCUUGGACGUAAGGAUUGGUAACCAUUGCAAAGUUCUUUGGAAAAUGAAGAACUGAAAUUUAUCUCUUGCAUAACUUAUUAACGAUUUGUUUUAAUGACAGUUUGAUGACAGACAACCAAAUUGAACUGGUUUGGAUACAGUAUGACUCUCGUAGUUGUAAAUUAUUUCACAGUGAGUGUGACAACAUACCAAGGUUAUUGCAUAGAUUUUCAGUGUGGGUAACAUUUUAGUUGCAAAUUAAAAAGGUGGAAAAUUCAUAUUAAUGUUAAGAUUUUGACCUUGAGUAAAUUUUUCAAUUAAUUUAAUUAGGAAAACUUGAGAAAAAAUAGGAAUGGGCUUGAUUGUGUUCCAAAUAAGUGCUCUCUAAUGGGAGGUCUGUCACAGUUAAUGCAAUUUUGUUAAUUUUUCAUAAUUUUUUAAAAUUGGUCUUUUGCAGAUUCCUCACCACAACAAUUUUUUCUGUCCUUAAUUGUUCUCAUUCCUUUGUUAUCAAAGUUAUGCUUCCCAGUCACAGAGGUCUAAUUAGUCCACUGAACUCUGGAUUGAAAAGGGUUGAGUUUGAAAUUGUGUUUAUGUUCUCUACUCUCACACAACCCAGGGCCGAGUUGUUCAAAGCUGGGUUAAGAUAACCUGGAGUUAGUGUGAAAUUUGAUUUUAGAUUUGAAAGCUUGAAGAGCCAAUUCAGUUUAAUUCUUUUUUACUACAAUUUGAUAAUUGAAUGCUCUAAAAAAAAUGGCUAAAAUUAUUCCAAAAUGGCUUUUGAACAGAGAAAUAUAGAAACCUGGAUUAAAAUCUAACCCUGGGUUAGCACUAAUUGGCCUCUGAACAACUGGGUCCAGGAGUAUAUGUUAAUAACUGCUGUGUGGCUGGGAGACAUAAUAAAAAUAUGAGAGUAACAAGACAUCUUGCUCAGCUGGAAGUAGCCAUACUGUGGGAUAAGCUUUGGCAGGGAAGCCAGGGCCUCUGACUUGAAAGCUAACUUCUGUAUUUUGGUGUUUUUCUUUCUUACUAAAGUAAUGUUUUGAGGUUUUCCUUUAUUUAUGUUACAAUGGAAAAUUUAAUGUAUCAAGAAAUGGUACCUUGGAGGACUAAUACCUUUCAUUGUAAAUAUUUAUUUAUUUUUACAACAAAUCAUGAAUUAAUUUAU